CUUCGUACGAGCCGUGUGUCGCCGGCCCCGUGCCCCGCGCCCCGCGCCCCGCGCUCGUCUCGCCGCAUUCUAGUCGUGGGUGUAGCGCCGUGCAGUCCUCGCGUGUGCCGCUCUAGUGCGCCGUUUGUGAGUGCUUUAGUUCCCGCCGUGUGUCAGUGUGACGAAGGAACCCGUGUCCCGUCGCGGAGGAUGUUAACAGCGCCCGAAAGCAGCUGUUGACGUCUGAACCAGUAACCAGCCGCCUGGGCGCUCCUCUCUUCACCCCGCUCCUCUCACCCCCUCCAAGAUUGCUGCCACGAUGGGUCGGAAGAAAAUACAAAUAUCACGGAUCACGGAUGAACGGAAUCGGCAGGUGACCUUCAACAAACGGAAAUUCGGUGUGAUGAAGAAGGCGUACGAGUUGAGCGUACUGUGCGACUGCGAGAUCGCCCUGAUCAUCUUCAGCUCAAACAACAAACUAUACCAAUAUGCUAGCACGGAUAUGGACAAGGUACUACUGAAGUAUACGGAAUACAAUGAGCCGCACGAAUCGCUGACGAAUCGGAACAUCAUCGAGGCACUCACGAAGAAAGAGCAUAAGAACGGAGUGAUGUCGCCGGACAGUCCCGAAGCGGAGCCCGAGUACAAUCUCACACCACGGACCGAGGCCAAAUAUUCCAAGAUCGACGAGGAAUUCCAGAUGAUGAUGCAAAGGAACCAGCAGCUGAACGGAAGUAGAGUGGGAGUUGGCGUUACCGGAAGCAACUAUAACCUGCCAGUGAGCGUGCCAGUGGGGAGCUAUGACCAGUCUCUGCUGCAGGCCAGCCCACAGAUGCACACCUCUAUCAGUCCACGGCCCUCGUCUUCGGAAACCGAUUCUGUAUACCCAAGCGGCGGAAUGCUCGAGAUGUCAAACGGCUACCCUGGGUCCGGGUCCCCGCUGGACGGGGGCUGCACCCCGUCCCCGUCCCCCGGGCCAGCCCCCUCCCCGCACCGCCACAAGCACCACCCCCCGCCGUCGCCCCGCCACAACAACCUGCGAGUCGUCAUACCCAGCAACAUGCCGCCGCCUCAGGACGAUCUGUCUUAUACGGGAGAGACACCACUAAGCUACUCAGGACUCGGCAAUUUCGGACCACAGGACUUCAGUAUGAACUCGGACAUCGGCAUAGGACUAUCAUGGGGAGCGCAUCAGCUGCAGACACUACAGCACAACAGGUACAUUAGCAGCCUGCCGGUGUUGGGCACGCCGCCGCCGGCCGCGUCGCCGGGCAACGUCAAGAUCAAGGCGGAGCCCGUGUCCCCUCCCCGCGACCUGCACCGCCCGCCCGCGCCCGCACACCUGCCGCCGCAUAUCGAUGGUUCAGUGACAUCGAGCAAUAUGGGCUCGCCGGGACAGGACAUGCGGCACGGGCCGCUGGACUACGAGCAGCCGCACUCCAAGCGGCCGCGGAUCGAGGGCUGGGCCACAUAGCUGGGCCCCGAGGCCUUCGGUCCCUACCCGAGGCCCAUCCACCCCCACUGCUAGGCCCAGCCCGAUCGCCCGGUACUGUGCUCUUUUCCCGUGGUGCAACUAAAGUCUGAAUUCGGAAGGUGCUCUGGCAUUGGCUCGCGGAAAAGGGCAGACUAGCGGAGAGAAUUGAUGUUUCACUACCCAUCUGCACAUACACUGAAUGUUAGCCUCCUUGUAAAUACGUGACACUAUGUGCAAUCCGUGCCAUUGUCUAUUUAGCUUAAAGUUAGUCAAUUAGUGAUAGUUAAUAUAGUGGACGGAUCGGACUGCGCGCCGAAGUGAGGAACGGUGAAACUGUUGACUCGUGUUAGUGUUUCGAAAGUUUUUUGUGCCAUUUUAAAAUAUUUUAGUGUGACAUCCGAACUUUCGUAAUCGUAAGCGUUAGCGUCAUCACAGAAGAUAAUAAAGUUAUGUAUUGGAAAUGUACUUUAUCUAUUGACAUAUUUAUACAAUAUAAGAGUAAUAUUUACAUAAUAUGUAUACACGUCCCGUUAGGUACGAAUGUUAUGUAUUGUAAGUAGAUAAUGUUAGCUAGACUCGUUUAUGUAAAGGUACCACACGAAGCUUUAAAAUUCUUAUGAUAACACUUGCACUCUAAGCAUUCACGAGAGUAACAUCUAUAUUGUAUAACGAUCCUGUUGCCCCGUUUCGACGGUUUAAAGCGGUCAAAAUAAGUACAAGCUUCAUAAUAGAGACACCUGUAUGCGUUACACGCCGCGUCAAAUCGUUUAGUGUAAACGGGGCUUAAGUCUUAACGAGUACAUCUGCGUUUCACAUCUACCCCCCAACUUUCCGAUCCUACCGACUGCGCCUCCGCGUCUGUGCGAGAGAGACAGCAGCGCGGAUGUACUCGUUACACCUAAUUGGUCCUUCGCAUAAUGUUGAUCUCAACCUGAUCGGCUUCGAAUUAAAAGUAGCAUGUGAACUCACGUUUGCAGACCAAAAUUGAAGUCAAUUUGUAAUAUCACAUAAUAAAUCUGUAUAAAAUACCCAUGUGUUAGAAUAAUUCUAUUUAGCGUGUAAUAAUAAUUGGUUAUCAAAAAUGCUUGUUGUAUAUUUAUUUUGUUACUGUGAUCUGAAGCUAGCACUACCAUAAAAUUAUUCACUAAGCAUAGACAGAUGUAUAUUUUCACAAAAAUCAUAUUUUCGUAAUGCACUAUAUCACAUGCGACCCUAUUUUUAGAAAGUACGACCGUUUACAGUACGUUAUUUUUCGAGAAAAGAUGCUAUAAUAUUUUUGAUUUCGAGGAAAAGUUUCAAACUAUUUAGAGUUCCUAUGAAUAAAAAUUGUUACUUGUUAUAUGAAUAGAUCAUGUUUAUUUCUACCUAUCGAACCCUAUAUCACUGUAGAUGCCUUAUUCACAGUGCCUGAAUGUACCAUAUACCUACCAAAUUUAUAUAGACUAUGCUUGACUUUUCACGUCUUAAAAUAUUGUAAAAUUAGUAUUAAUCUGUAUCAUACAUAUAUUAUAAAAUAUAUCGGUAUGACAAUACCGGAUCGCAUAAUCCUUGUGUAUAUAAAAUAAAUUAUGUCAUUGAAGAAAUACUGCGCUCGGGCAGUCUUGAACUCGUAGAAUAUAACACAAUUACGCUCAUAUUUACACCUUCAAAUCACAAUAACAAAAUUAUAAAUGUAUAUUUGUUAAAUGUGUACAGGGAAGAAACAGUUUUGACGAUCAAAAGUCUGAACACGUACGAUAUGUAUUUUCGCAUUGUAAAAUAUUUUACACUAGAUUACGAAUUAAUAUUUUAAUACUGAGUAAAUAAAUGUUGUCCCUUUACCGGGAGUAUAUUCAAACGUAUAUGUGUAGAAUUGUUAUUGUGAUAUACACAAUGCACUGUUACAGUCCUCUUAUAAAAAGAUCUAAAUUUGCGUUGAUUCUUGAUCGUUUUCGGUCGUUCGUUCCUAAUAGUUUAGCUGACCGUCGAGUGCUUCUUUGAUUGCUCAAAUUAUUUGGCCGCAGUAUUUGACGUUCGUUGUAUGGUUUCUCAGAUACUACGUUUUCCGUCGACGAAGUCGAGUUUUGAUGAAAAAUGUCCCGAACCGUCAUACGUAGAUUGUAGUUCUUGCAACGUCUUGCACGUGUUUUCAGAGACACAUUACUUUCACUAGAUCUAUAUAAGUCGGUUGCACUUAACUUUAUCGACUCAAGAGUCACAGUAAGCUGGUAUUGGGAGCAUUAUUUCCGAGGUUGUGAGAUUCUGUCGGAAAUGAUUUCAUUAUUAUUAAUUAUCGUUCAUAACACGCACAAGUACGGCGUGCGUCGUGUGAGGGUUUGCUUGGUUUGUUUUGUAGACGUAUCUACGUUUGUGUAUGUUUUUCCUGUAUUAUUAACCGCUUUACAAUAGUAAAGAGUAGCGUCCUCGGUAUGAGUUUCGGUGGCCGGAGUGUCAACUCACCGCGGCCUCUUAACUCGCACCCGGAGCGCGCCCCGUUAAAUUAAGUAUCCGUAAUUAUUAUGCAUUUAAAGCAUCGUAGUCGUAAGUGUUUAUAGUUAAAGUUCUGCUGAUUUCAAAGUAGAUCAGUACCGCCAGCUCUUUGCUAUUGUAACGCCGUGCAUCGUGAACGAUCCAGAUAGAAUAGGUAUUAUACAUAUCCUUAUUGAAUACUCAACUUCACUUUCUGGUAACAUCCGUGCAAUAACAGAUUGCUACUAGUUGAUAGGUGUAUUUUUGUUUGAAUUUACAAAAUCGAGAUGCGAAAUAUGUUGUAUUUUAUCGAUAUUUUUACGUAUAAUGAGCGUACCCGUUUUUCUGAGGUAUCUCAUUGGAUUUAAGUCAUAUUGUAUAAUUAUUUUUAAGUUGAGGCCGGGCGGAAUCCUGCAUUAUGUUAGGUCUAUGCGCCUGCGCGCACUCUUUCGCAAUGUAUAAAACAUCUCUAUGGCUGAAUGGAUUAAUGUUAAUGAACAGUGUUAGAAAAUUGUUAUAAAUUAUUUUGAUGACUGUUCGAAGGGUAAUAAAGAGUUGGAUGUCAA